ACAAAGGCGUAAUAUCUUAAACGCCUAUAACUUAAAAAUGGGCGUUGGACAAAUUGGCGGGAUAGCUACAUUACUGGAUAUGGACUUUAAAAAUGCAGCAGGUUUUAUGGGCGUGCAAGCGGAUGUAAAUGAAGGACAGUAUAUUGUACAUUUUUUAUCUCAUGCAAUGAUGUUCUGCGUGGGAGCAUUGAUAGAAGCCCAUGUCGUGUUAACUCCAGCUAGUUGUGUGUUUGGCGAAAGAUAUAAAUUUGACGUUAUUGGUGGUACACAUAAAUUUUUAGAAUUUGCAGGCGUUAAUCGAUUAGUACAACAUCUUUGUAUUCAUAGAGGAUAUAACCAUACAAGGCGAUGGACAGAGUCUUCAUCUGAUAAUAUGGCGUUGUUGGUAUUAAAUCAACAAUUCUCAUUUCACAAACGUGAACCUGGCUCUGAUUUUGUAGUGAAUAGAGUAAGAUAUGGCAUCUUAGCUCCGAAAGACGAUCGGCGUAUCGGUGACACAAACUGUCGUUACUAUGGCUGGGGGAGUAGGCGAAAUAUGAAAAUUGCAAGAUGCUUGUGUUUGGUGUUGAGUAUAUUGUUAUGUCAAGCAAGUCAACACGAUAACGGGGCAGAGAAAAACGCAAUCCUAGUAGACAAUGGCACAGAUAUACUAGAAGCUAUAAAUGGGACUCCCAACUUUAGAUUGAUAAAGCCCAACAGGGCGGCUCCAUGGUUCCCGGAACGCGAGAUAAAACUUGACAGUUGUGUGAGGAGAGCUCGUUGCGAGCCGUUAGAUAAGUCCACUUGUUUAGGAACUAAGCUGCCUUAUGAUAAAACAAGCAUUCAUCUUACUUUUUACGACAAUCAGAAUCAAAUCCAAACACAGCUGGAAUUAUAUAAAGAACUGAUAAAUGUGCCAAAAUGUUGGGCUGUGAUACAGCCUUUACUCUGUGCGACAUUUAUGCCGAAGUGCGAACGAAUAUUAGGCCAAGAUAUGGUCUAUUUGCCUUCAUAUGAAAUGUGCAAGAUUACCAUGGAGCCAUGUGCUAUAUUGUACAACACUACAUAUUUUCCUUCUUUUUUAAAAUGUAACACUACAUUAUUUCCACCGAAGUGCGAAACACCGGCGAGGGAAAUGAAAUUUAAUACAACCGGCACAUGUUUAUCGCCACUUAUCUAUACAGAAAAAGCUUUGCACUUCUAUGAAGGUAUAUCAGGUUGUGGGCUACCAUGUCGGGAUCCAUUGUACACUGAAGACGAGCAUCAGCAGAUCCAUCGCCUGGUGGCGUGGGGUGCCGGGGUGUGCCUAUUUCUCAACCUACUCACCGUCGCCACAUUUCUUAUUGACUGGCGUAGUGCUAACAAAUAUCCCGCAUUGGUCAUCUUUUACAUCAACAUCUGUUUCGCUGUUGCAUCUAUGGGAUGGCUUGUACAAUUCGGUUUUGGUUCGAGAGACGAUAUUGUUUGUUCAAAAGAUGGAACUAGACGACAAGGCGAGCCCUCUGCAGAAGAAAACUUGUCCUGUGUUGUUAUUUUUGUUUUGGUAUACUAUUUCAUGAUGGCUGCUUGCGUUUGGUUCGUCAUAUUUACGUACGCCUGGCACAUGAGUUUUCGAGCAUUGGGUAAAAUACAAGAUAGAAUAGAUAAAAAAGCGGCGUAUUUCCACCUGGUGGCGUGGUCGUUGCCGCUAGUGCUGACCAUAGCCACGAUGGCGUUCGGCGAGGUGGACGGUAGCAGUGUGACCGGCAUCUGCUUUGUGGGAUACAUGAAUUAUUCCAUGCGUGUUGCCUUAUUGUUAGCACCACUCUCUGUGGUAUUGUUACUUGGUGGAUACUUUCUUCUAAGAGGUGUGUUCUCACUGAUCGCCGUCCGCGUGUCGAGUAAGGACGUGAUAUCGCCGCGGGCUUCGAACAAGAUACGUCAGACAAUUACUCGAUGCUCGCUCACUGCUGCGCUAGUUGCAGUUUUCAUUUGUGUCACCUUCGCCUGUCACAUCUAUGAGUUCCGAAAUGCUGAUCUAUGGAAGGAUUCUUUUAAGAAGAAUAUUGUAUGUCGGUUGGAGGCGUUGAAAGAGAGCGGUAAGGAAUGCGGCGGCGGCGCAAGACCUUCGGUGUCGGUGUUGCAAUUGCGGUUACUGUGCUGCUUCGCGGCGGGCGCUCUCAUGGCCUCUUGGACCUGGACUCCGGCUGCUGCAGCCGCCUGGAGGCGAUACUUGGCAAGAAAAUGUGGUUGUUCUGUGGAAAGUGAAGUAACAAGACGCGCACGUAAACACGAGUUGAUCGCUCGUGCCUAUCGUCGUCGUGGGGAAUUUGCGGCUCGCGGCCGCCUCUCUAUAUCGCUCGGGGGCUCCAGGCAGGACCCUGUGGGACUCUGUAUUGAUCACACGUCCCCUAUAGACUAUCCAGAGGACGCUAAACAUGAGAGUGCCGAGUUAUCAUCAUCAUGGGCUGCAAAUCUUCCAAGAUUUGUGCGUCGACGCGAUGCUCUUGUAUUACCUACACACACCCAUCACUCGUUGAGCUCAACUCCGGACCGUCGCAAUUCCCAGGACUCUCAAAUAAGUAUUAGUCUCCGUCACGUUUCGGUUGAAUCCCGUCGUAAUUCACUAGAUAGUCAACUUUCAGUAAAAAUUGCAGAAAUGAAGACGAAAGUUGGAAGACGGCGAACUAAGCAUAGUAAAGCUAAACGUAAGGCGCGAGCCGCUAAUGUACGCAAAGAAAGCACACCGUCCAUAGAAAGCCAAAUAAGCCGUUACUGGCUACAAGCUGUAGCGGCUAACAAUGAUCGGUCCCGCGAGGAGGUGAAAUUUAGUUUUGAUUGACUUGAUCUCUGAAUAAAUAUGUACUUGUAAACAAUUUCGUCCGUUGCACAUGCAAUUUGCAAUGCGUUAUUAAGAAUCGUCAAGUAUUGACUUUUAUACAAAGAUUAUGUAUAUUCAUAUCAAAAAUAGUCUUUAUUUAGACUGGCAAGAUAAAUCAUCAAGUUACGAUUCUGGUAAUUAAUGGACUCUGAAAAUUAAUUUUCUGUCGAGAUGAAUUAAGAAAACCCUAGACUUUAUAAUUUUCACAAAAUAUUUUCAGUAGGUUCAAGUACAAAUAUACAUAAUAUAUAAUAUAAUGAUACGUAAACAUAGCAUUAUACAUAGAAAGAUGUGAUCUUAAUAGGUCGGUUGUAUGACAUGUUCCCGAAUAUGAAAAAAAGUAAAGCUAGCCAUCGUUUAAUCGUUAAUUUUACGAAAACACUAUUUAAAUGUACAAUAAACAAAUGAUAUCUAUAUGUAGAUUAAAUUGCAUAAAUUCUGAAAAAAACAAAAUCUACAUAAUUUAUAAAAAAAAAAAAAAAAACAGAAUAACGAUAUGAAUAUUCUAUAGUUUUAUGAAAGUUAUUUAUUAAACUUUUUAGAAGUAAGUAUAAAGUUCAAAUUAGGAUUUAUCGAAGUCCAAAGUCUUUAAAACGUGAAUCUCGAGAUUCUAAUGGAUGUAGAGAGAACUGCUUACGGUAUGUGUGUUACAUUGUUAUAUAAUUAAAAGACUGAAUGGAAUCUCUGGUUAAAUACGUAUAAUUUCAUUUCUAAAUGUACAUGCGUUCUUGCACGAGCAUGCAACAUCCAUGACAAUGUUAAUGGUAUUUUUGUGAUAUUAUCUGUAACCUCAUAAUUGUAAUUGUGCCAUAAAUACUCGCAUGGUGAAAGACAGCGGUAAAUCAGAACUGAUAGUGUUACUAUGUAAGUUGUAUUAGUAAUUUUGUUAUAUUAAACAUGCAACGCAAAUAUUUAAUUUUUGUAAUCACACUGGAUGCACGUACUUUGUGAUAUAGGUACAAUCGUUUUAGAGCUUAAUAAUAUCGUUGGCGCAAUAACGACGGCGUACAAAACACGGUUGUGAUGUUAAUUUACUCUUGUUGUGUAAGAGUACCGAGGCUAUAUAUGAUGAAAUUAAUACAUAUUUUGAUAUUGCAAUAAAAUCGUUUGCGAUAUUAUUAUUAUUAUUGUACUACUUAGCAAUUAAUUAUAAAGUCGGCAUGACCAUGCUGCAAUGUUAUCAAUGCAGAAAGACUCGAGUUGCAUUUUAUGAUUCGUAAGUCUGUUAGCUUUAAUUAUUAUUAUGAAGUUUUCUAAGAACAUGUAUGUUUUCUACCAGUAAUGUACUUUAUUUUAAUGACAUUUUACACAAUAAAUUUUAAAAAAGAA